UAAGGUAACGAUAUGUACAUACAUAUGUAUGUAUAUACAUACGUACUUGCAUAUCAACAUGUGUGCACAAGUACACUAUACUACGAUUAUUUGUUUACAAACGACAACUAAAAUUUCAGUGGGAAACUCCAACGUCAGCGUAAAUCAGAGCACGCCAAGAAUUCAGCUCGAAUCUCAAGCCAGGCCAAGGCGCAACAAAAUAUUCUGUAAUAGAAAAAGUUGAAGCCUUGGUUACAUAUGUAUAUCCUCAAACAAAUGAGACGGCGCAAUCAGUUUAAAAUUGUUGCUGAUCGUUAACGUAUCGAAGUGGAGCGUUUGCUUACAAGUCACAUACUUGCAUAUGAAGCAAAUCUUACAUAACAUAUAUAUUUUCAUAAUACAAUAAUAUAUAUACAUACAUACUUAAAUAAAAAUAAUUAGUACCAUAGUUUGUUUAUAAAGCGUAAAAUUUAUUUAAUAAAAAAAUUAAUGAAGAAUCGGUGUUCACGAUCGGAAUAUAUAUUCUUAAAUACAUAGAUAUGUACAAUACAUACAUACAUACGUUAAAGACGUUUCGGAAUGAAUGAAGCGAGCACAUGUAGUACAUACAUAUGUACAUAUGUAUAUGAUUGUUGGUAUAUAUGUGAUGUACACAAUAUAAAUGUGUGAAUUACAAAAAGGAUAGUGUUCAAGAUGUGAAUAUACUGAUGGUAUAUAUGUACGUACGUAUGUAUGUAUGUAUGUACGUGCAUUUGUAUCUUUGCAUAUUCGUAUUUGAAAGAGCUUUCUUAAAGCAAUGAUGAAAUAGUGGAAGAGUAUUUUUUUUUUUAAAUAAAAUCAGCACACUGCGAGGCUUCAUCGUCCGGUCGGCAUCUUGACAUAAAAACUCAAAUGACACUCCUUUGCAGGUUUCAAUGCAGUAGAAAUGUUUUAUCUUUUGAAAACAAAAACUACCUACAUAAAUCAUCAAGAAUUCAAUUUACUGCGUUAUUUUAGUCUUUUAAAAUUUAAUACAAUAUGUAUUAACUAAAUUAUAAAGACAGUUACAUAAAUAAAAAUUGAAAUAUUCAAAACCUAAUUUAACGAUAGUCAUUUAUAAUUAUGAAACCAAACAUACAUACAUACAUUCAUAAUGUGCCCUUAGGAGCAUUGCGAAGAAUUUAAUAGAAAAAUGCUUAACGUGAAUUUACCCAACACUGAACCUAAACCAAAGGAGCUGCUUUUGGAAAGGAGGCAUUCAAUUUGCUUGGAAGUGUCUAAAAAACGUCGUCAAAGUGUGGCAUCUAGCAUUUUUAUACCUAAAGACCAUCAUCAAACUGAGCCACGCCUUAAGGAAACACUCGAUUCAAAGAAGAAAUCUAUAUUCAGCUCGCGUAAUAAAAAGAGCCUUUCUUUAUUAACAAAUAAGAGAAAAAGCAUUGGUUGUUUAAUAUCGAAAAAGAAAUUAAAACGUGUAGCGACUACUAAUAAAAACAAAUGCAUUUCAAAAGCAAAAACAAUUCAAACUACACUGAAGCAUCCUAAAAGCUAUCCUAUAAUUAAGCAAAUUGUCUCUAGCGAAAAAGUACGUUGUGUAGUUGAAAGUUUAAGGGAUGACAAAAUAACAAAAGGUUCAACAACUGAAACAAGUGAAUGUUAUUUCGCCAACUCAUUGAUGCAUGAUAAAAAUAAGAUGGAAAAUGUAAAGAUGGAACAGGAAAUGGAAGAUUUAAGAGAACAGACGGAGAUGCAACAGCUUGAAAUUCCGUCAAAUGAUCUAAUUUAUUUACACAGACAAGAUAUGGAAGAUAGCGAUGCUAAGACGGAACAAUAUGUCACUGAUAGCGACGUAGAAAAAAUAGAUUCACAAAUUCAGUACAGCUCUAUAAACAGGGUAGAUAACUUCGUUAUAAUGGUCGAUGCUAACGCCGGUCAUGUUGAAAUCAAGUAUGCCGGACCUUUAUCCUCCCCAAAUGAAAUUGGAACAUUACAAAACCCAACAGAAAUGGAGAUAUAUAUCCCAGCGCAUGAUAAAACGCAGGAAGAGGCAAAUAAAGAGUAUGAGGAGCUUGGCUAUAUGAAAGCUAGCAAUAGUACUACAAAUAUGAAAUCCAAUGCAUCAUGCUAUGCAAAUAUUUCAACAAGCUGCAGCGGUGGUGAUCAUCUAAAAAAUACCAACAUUUGCGUCGAUGAUGUAUCAAAAAACAAGAUAAAACAGAGCAAUCAAGGUGAUAUUAUAGAUUUGAGCCUAAAGGAAACAACCGUAGAAAAGCACCCAGUUCAAGCUGUGCACCGACCAUCGAGUGCAGAACUCAUUUACAGAUCAUCAAUGUGGAGAGGCGAUACUAAUCAAGGAGUGCUAAAUACACAACCAACUGUGUAUGGGCCAGAGAGACAUUUGUUACCUGCGCAACAAACAAGUCUACCUUGUCAUCAACAAUUGUUAGACCAAAGUAUUUUCAAUAAGGUCUCAUCAUCUUCCACUUCACAACCAAAUUCUUGCAAUCAUAGUUCUACAGAAAUUCCAAAAAGAAAUGCCAACCAUCAUCAGAAACAUCAAACUGCAGUUAACAAAUUACAGCCAGCGUCGUUUCACCGUCAUUCUUUUAGUCGACGAAGUGCGCAUUUAGAGACACCUCCAAUAAGUCCAAUAGACUGUCAAUGGAGAGUGCCACCACCGAAAUGUAAUUUUCCUAUUUAUGAUCAACAGAAAGGUUUUCGUAAAGGUGGUAUUCUAAAACUAAACGAAUUUUUUUCGAAUUCCCAAACAAACACGAUGCCGAGUCAACUAGCAUGUGGAACUUAUAAAAACUCACAUUAUCCAAUUGAUCAGCUAUUUACAAAACAAUUACCAAAAAGCCUUAGAGAAGCGCGGCAAGCGAAUGCAUUCGACAGAGGGGCUUCUUCUUUUCAUCAUCGAUUUGAUCAGAUUCAGCCGACACCCCAAAACGCACAACAACAUCAAGUUUGCUGCGACCGGCAACAAUAUCCUGAACAAAUUAAUUACCCUUCGCAAAUGAGUAGCCAAUUAGAUCUACAGAGACAGUUUUAUAAUCCACUUCAUCAAAGUUUUCUCUCGGACCCUUAUUAUAGACUUUCUUUGAAAAUCCCCCCAUCCAACGGCGUAUUCGAGCCAAAAGAAACGAGGCGAUUCAGCUGUAGGCCUAACACAUUUCCGAAUGUUCGGUUUCAACCAUUACACAACUAUUUACCACCAACACCUCCUAUAACUGAUCGAUGCUUUCCAUCUGAUCAAUCAACACCUACUACGUUACCAUUUCCAUCACCAAACUGGACAAACACACUAUAUAAAAACUCAACAUUUUCUCCAAAAUCCCAACCUUAUUGGAAUGUCCCACCCCAUCUAUAUUCAAUUCAAUCAAGAUUACCUUCUGAAACAGAAUACAUCAGUCGUCUGCAUACCUCCGCCUUAUCUGCGAACCCCAUAAAUGCUUUAACCGGCCGUGGACACAACAGUACUUGCUUCCCAACUCCUAUGCAUAUGCAGUCGCAGCAACAGUUCCCUUUAAAUUACUUCUAAUCGUCGUUUAAAGUACAAAACCGCGUAUCAACAAAAUGCAAAACCGCGUAUGUGAGGGUGUAUAAAUUAUUUUCUAGAGAGUAAAAACACUCAUAUUUGAGAAUGGUUGCCUUUUUAAAUAGCAAUCAUAAAUUCUGGAUAGUAUAUUUCAGGACGGAUGAAUAAGGAUUGAGCCAAGAGCUUAUGCCAAGCAAAUCCAAUUUUUGGCAAAAAAUUUCAGUUAUGCGGUUUUGUACUUUAAACGACGCUAUGUACAUACAUACUUGUAAAAAGCACAUAAGUAUUUAAGGAGUAAGUUCAAAAGAAGGAAUUUUUUUAUACAAACUGGCAAUUUUCAUGUACGAAUACAUGUUGGGGGCAUACAC